GUACACCCACCAAUAUCAGAUUCUCUCCUGAAAGUUAGAGAGAGAAAGUGCAGAGAAGAAGAAGAGAGAGAAAAAUAGCUGUUGAGGAAGUCGGUCGGUUCAUCUCCUUCACUCUCUUUCUCUUCUCCAUUUGUUCCUCUUUCUCUCUCUAAAUUCUCUUGCAUUUUUUCGUCGUUCUCUCUCUCUAAACCCCCUUUGGAAACGCGUUUCUUUCCUUUUCUGUGUUCUUGUUGAUGACCUAACUCAACUCUCUUUCUCUCUAGAGCUUUCUCUAUCUAGAAAAAGCAGUUACUUCUCCCUUAAUUCUCAAUAACUCCCACUUAAUUCUCACCUCGAGGAUUAAAGGGGUUUCAGAUUUCAUCCCCAAUUCCAAAACCCAUAUCUUAAUUUCUCCAGAAAAUCCCCAAUUUUUCUGGGGUUUUUUUAUUUGUAAUUUUGAUUUUUUAGAGUUAGGGUUUUUUUUGUUCUUAAUUUGUAGUUGAAAAGUUCAAUUUUGGGGGAAAUUAGUGUAGUUAUGAAGAGGGGAGGAGGAAAACUAGAGACAUACUUGGGAGUAACACGAACUCGAUCGGUUCAAAUUCUGGCAUUACUGGGUUUACUGUACAUGAUCUUCAUGACAUUUGAGGUACCCUUUGUUUUUAAAAGCGUUUCACAGGAUACUUCUGGCGUUUCAUUCCAAAACGAUGCGUUUGUGAGACCUCAGCAGCUUGAUAGUGAGGAAGAAUUGCAGGAGAAAGAAGCUCCGAUCCGACCGUUGAAAGAGCCGUUAAGGGCUUCAUCAGUUUCUCCGAAACCUCAGCGUCAAAUGAGGGAGUAUAAAACACUUUCUGGGUUGAUUUUUGAUUGGAGAGCUUUAGAUAGCACUGAAAAGGAUGGAUUUUCUGGGUUGCAUAAAUCUGCAAUAACUGCAUUUCAGUUGGGGGAGAAGCUUUGGGAGGAUCUCAAGUCAGGGAAGAUAAGAAUCGAUGUCGAAAAGGCGGCGGAGAAUCGGACCGAGACAUCGUGCCCGAACUCGGUUUCGCUAUCUGGAGAUGAAUUUACAAAGAAAGGAAAGGUAAUGGUAUUGCCCUGUGGGUUGACAUUGGGGUCUCACAUUACUCUGGUGGGUAAACCAAGGAUAGCUCAUGCUGAACAUGAUCCAAAGAUAUCAAUGUUGAAAGAUGGUGAUCAAAGUUUGAUGGUUUCACAAUUUAUGUUGGAAUUAAUUGGGUUGAAAACUGUUGAUGGCGAAGACCCACCAAGGGUUUUGCAUUAUAAUCCUAGGUUGAAAGGGGAUUGGAGUGGAAAACCUGUAAUUGAGCAGAAUACAUGUUAUAGACAGCAAUGGGGAACUUCUGUUCGUUGUGAAGGGUGGAAAUCUAGGCCUGAUGAGGAGACUGUUGAUGGGCUGAUUAAGUGUGAGAAAUGGAUCCGUGAUGAUGAUAGUAAUACUGAAGAAUCCAGGGCAACAUGGUGGUUUAGUCGGCUGUUGAGCAGGCCAAAGAAGGUGACAGUAGAUUGGCCAUUUCCUUUUGCUGAGGAUAAGCUGUUUGUUAUGACUGUUAGUGCUGGUUUGGAAGGUUAUCAUGUCAAUGUGGAUGGGAGGCAUGUCACAUCCUUUCCUUACCGAACGGGCUUUUCACUGGAAGAUGCAACUGGGCUGACAUUGAAAGGAGACAUUGAUGUUCAUUCUGUAUUUGCUGCUUCUUUGCCAUCAUCACAUCCUAGUUAUGCUCCACAGAGACACCUUGAGUUCUCUGAUAGAUGGCAAGCUCCACCUCUCCCUAGCGGCCCUGUGGAGCUUUUCAUUGGCAUUCUUUCUGCAGGCAACCAUUUCGCCGAAAGGAUGGCUGUGAGAAAAUCUUGGAUGCAACAUAGGUUAAUUAAAAAUUCCAAAGUGGUGGCCCGAUUUUUUGUAGCAUUGCAUGGAAGGAAGGAAGUGAACGUGGAGUUGAAGAAAGAGGCGGAGUUUUUUGGUGACAUUGUUAUUGUACCUUACAUGGAUAGCUAUGACCUUGUUGUUGUGAAAACUGUAGCAAUUUGUGAAUAUGGGGUACGCACUGUCGCUGCAAAGCACAUUAUGAAGUGUGAUGAUGAUACCUUUGUUCGGGUUGAUGCGGUUAUUAAGGAAGCAAACAAGAUCCCCGAGGGUAGCAGCUUGUAUGUGGGUAACAUCAACUACUAUCACAAGCCUUUGCGCAGCGGUAAAUGGUCUGUCACAUAUGAGGAGUGGCCUGAGGAAGAUUAUCCACCUUAUGCCAACGGACCAGGUUACAUUUUGUCAUCAGAUGUCGCAAACUUCAUUGUUUCCGAGUUUGAGAAACAUAAAUUAAGGUUGUUUAAGAUGGAAGAUGUGAGUGUUGGAAUGUGGGUGGAAAAUUUCAACAGCACAAAACCAGUGGAAUACGUUCACAGCCUCAAGUUCUGUCAGUUUGGAUGUAUAGAAGAUUAUUACACUGCUCAUUACCAAUCUCCGAAACAGAUGAUCUGUCUAUGGAACAAGUUGCAACAGCUAGGCCGCCCAGUUUGCUGUAACAUGAGAUGAUAGUUAGUGAAUUACAGGGAAGCCAGCGCUGCCCUGUUCGCUGAUCGUCGAAUAGCUAGCAAAUUUUUGAAGCCAAAUAUCAGUUCCCCUUUUUUGUAAAUUCUGCAAAAGGUCCUUUUUUAGGUUGUUCUCUAGGACCAUAUAGGUGUCUAGUUCCAGAUUCAUUCAUUAUUUUCACCCACUUUCCUCCUUUCCUUUCUCUUACCAUUAUUCUAGUUUUUGUACCUUGGUCGAGUCGAGCCGUGAUGAUGAUGAGAAAUAUGCACCCCUGGUGAACAGCCUUAUCCAGUUGGAAGGUUUUGUAAUCUAAUGUAGAGAAAAAAACAGUACAUGGAAAUGAAUCCUCAACUUUCCAGAUACUGAUCAGGUGUAUAUCUAUAAAUUAUGAUUGGAUAUGGAACCAUUCUAUGGUUAUUAAAUUAGAAGCUACUCUUUCACAUUAUCUUUUAAUUUUCCACUCAAUUUGGCUAAGUGGGAAAGGCCAUGUGAGGAAGUUAGUUGCUUAUAUGGCAAAAUUGGUAACCACCAAUAUUAUUCUUUUAAUCA